AUGAACGUCGACGAUCCUUUCGCUGAUGACUUAGAGUCUUUCGACACUGUUAUGGCGGAAUUAUCUGCUGAGCAGAGUCGUCGGUCACGGCCACCUCCACUACCAAGCGGGGCGUCAAAGCUGUCAGCAACAACGACAAACGCCUCUGGUGCGUUUCUGGAGGGCCGUACAGGCAGACGUGGCGUCGUUUCCCCUAAGGUCUUGGGGCGACAAGUACCGCCAGUAUCUGCAUUUGCAGCAGUCACAAAAACACCAGCUUUCACAGCGGCAGUCAAUGAUGAACCUAUGCCAUGGGAGGUAGAUGAAACCCCUCCGCCAGCCGCACUCACGAGUGCGACGGCGCCAAACCUAAGGGGUAUGCCAUCGGUAACUUUUGCGGGUGAGAGCGGCCGACGUACCGCUGUUGUGGUUGCACGGGAUGAUAGAGCUGAAGAGGAUCCACUUGCUUUUCUUGAGAUGACGCCAUCCUCAGCGACGGAAGCUGUGGGACAACGACAGGAAGCAAACACUGUAGCUGCGGCUGAAACUGCGUCGCCUCCGCAAGGACAUGCAGAGGACGAAGAGAUGAAUUGGAAGGCAGAACGACGUGAUCUUCUGUCGUCGCUGGACGCUGUUGCGAUGGAGCUUGAUCAGACGAAUAGCAUGCUAGACACCCUUCAAACGCGGGCGGAUAUUGAGCUAACGGAGUUGGAGACAAAGCUCAUAGAGAAGCAGACGGAACUCACCAGCAGCGAGGACCGUAUCGUCUGCGAACGACGCGAGUAUGGCUCGUAUCACCAACGACGUCUGAAGGACAUAAGUGAUCGCACCACCGAAUUGCUCCGGAGUCAGCAGGAGGAGGUGACGUCAAUGGAGAAGGAGCGAUACGAGUCUCAGUUACGCGCUCUCACGACGGAAACAGACGAUGUCAAGACUAGAAUAGCUCAGUUGUCCCAGCAGCGUGAGUUACUGCUGCAGCAGCAUAGAUAUGAUGAGAGGGGCAUUUUUAUCGCUCUGGCGGAUGAAGAGGCGAUAAAUGAGGAUACGAACGCUACCGAUGGGGCUGCUGAUGCCAGUGUGGAUACUUCUGCAGAGGACAGUCACACACGUAGUACUCGUAGCGAUAGUGGCAUUGAGGCAAAGAUGAGCGCUGCUCUCCGACUUAUUUGGCGACAUCAUAAUAAGCGGUUGGAGUCCCUUUCAAGCGGGGUGGUGCAAGUUCUUCACCAGGAGACCAGGGAUGUUGCCGCCGAGGUGCGUAAGCGCCACGAAGUAGCAUACUUACAGGAUGCUAUCAGACGCAAGGAAGAUCUGGGGAAUUUUAUGCAAGAAUUCCUGCAGCGUUGUCGCGAGUUUUUCAAUCGGCGUGCAGAGAUGCGAUCUUGCAGCAUGGCUGCCCUGCGACAAGAUUUGCGGCAAGCGACGGAACAACUGCGUUUGCGCGCUAGGCAGCGUUUGGAGUCACGCAUGCGGGAGGUGGAAGCAAAGAUGGAAGAGGCCGCACGUCGUUUUGAUCAGCUUGCAUUGGAGUCUGUCGAGUGUGCGCAACGAAAAGCUGCUGCGGUGCGUGAGAGCGACGAGAGUGUGGCAAGAAGUCAGCGAGCUGACUUGGAUAACCGCUGUCAAGUUGAGCGGGCUGUCACAAAGAGGCUCCAGGAAGCUGAAGAGGAGACACUGCAGAAGCAGCUGGAAAGAAUGAGGCGGGGGGGCAUCGACAAGGACAACGAAGGCAGAAGCGGAGAGGUUUGGAACAGUGAUGGUGUAGGGCUGCAGAAGCGAGUGGCACAGGACAUGUGCACAGCGAGGGCGGAAUCCAUUGCCAGCAAAGUGCGUGAACUUGAGUCUUCUGUGCAGCAACUACUACACCAGCAGCUCUUAUGGAAUCAGGCACACUGCGUUGAGGGAGAGGGGCACUCCUUUCUGACAGACGAGGAGCUUUUUUCGCGUAUGGCGGUGCAUGAGAAAGAGGCCACCGUCGUAUCCUUACUGGACGAGAUGCAAAAGAGACAGAGAGAAUUAUCCGCAACACGCCAAAGAUGUGGCGAGCUGCGGGAAAGUAUUGCUGCCAAUAUGCAGGAAGACGUGCAGACAGUGCGGCAGCAGCGCUUGACGCAGGAGUCUUACCAUGCGAACAUUGAUCUCCUCCGCAUGGCGUGGGAGCGGGAGCAGCGGGAGUUGCUGCAGUGGGGUCAUGAACUGAUGUUGACUCAUGGAGACUCUGCCACGCAGCCUGGUUCCACCGCUGCACGCACACAUCUCCCAACAGCCAGCAUGACUACGGAAAUGAUGGAACGACUCGCGGAGCGCAACCGAGCAGUUAUGGAGGAACGAUCAAAACUGCGCACCCGGCGAAGUUUGCUUUUUCAGGCAAUGGAGAAAGAACAUGUGGACUUUGUCGCGAGGCAGCGGGAGACGGAGUCGUGCUGGGCUCAAAUGUGCGAGCAACUACUUGGCCUCGCGGCCGAGGAGGAGGCGGUGUCGGCGCGGCAGGAAGCGGUGGGAGUCGAAAUUGCAAAGAUGGCGGCGAUGAGGGAACUGAUGAAUCACGACAAGGAGCUGUUUCACGGUCGUCGCGAGGAAAUACAGGAGGAGGUGGAGCUGCUCAAGAGGGAGCUUAAGGCGACACUGGCGCAAAAGGCAGAGCACAAUGCACUGCAACAACAAAUUGCUGCGGAGCAGACGGCGCUGGCGCAGAAGCAACAACAUUUGGCCACUGAGCAGAGUCGCUUAGAGGCAACUGGUGUGGCUAGGUUAGGAGAGGAGAACAAGCAGCGGCUGCACCCAGCUGAAAAAGGGCCGCUGCGCACUGGUAGUCCACUCUCACCUGGGAAAACCUCACUACGGUCCUUUAUUGACGUCCUCCAGGAGGUAACGGACAGCGAUAAUAUCCUCGCCGCAAGAGGAAAGCAGCAAGAGUCGCAGCGGCUGGGGAGAGAGGAAAGAAGCACACUGUCCCACAGCAUAGUACCCCCCAGUGGUGGGAGACAUCCAAGUUGCCGCUCAUCAUUUGCGGAGGCGGCAUGGAAAACGGAAAAUUCCACGUAA